UGUAAUUUCGAGACCCACCUUCUCCGUUUUAAUUUUAACCGCACUGAAGAUGCUGAAGCCCAUUUCUGCCGUUCUGCGAUAAUACCCAAGGCAGAACUAUCAAGAACAAAAGAAGCAUGGCUGCUUUCUCUUCCACCAGCCACACUGAUGAGGUUCUCGUCGAGGAAGCUGCAUGUGUGAGAACGUUUAUACUAAACAGACCCAAACAACUCAAUGCUCUUUCUUACGCUAUGGUAUCUCGGUUACUAGAACUUUUCGUAGUCUGCGAAAAUGAUGCAAAUGUCAAGUUGAUUAUCUUGAAGAGUAGCGGAAGAGCUUUUUGUGCUGGUGGAGAUGUUGCAGCUGUAGUUCAUGAUAUUAGACAAGGAAACUGGAAGUUUGGUGCAGAGUAUUUCAGAAAAGAGUUCACCAUGAACUAUGUAAUGGCAACUUAUAGCAAACCCCAGGUUUCAAUCCUUAACGGAAUUGUCAUGGGAGGUGGAGCAGGUGCUAGUGUACACGGAAGAUUCCGAGUUGCUACUGAGAAAACGGUUUUUGCUAUGCCUGAAACAGCUUUAGGCCUUUUCCCAGAUGUAGGGGCCUCCUACUUUUUAUCAAGGCUUCCUGGAUUUUUUGGAGAAUAUCUUGGCCUGACUGGUUCUAGGUUGGAUGGUGCUGAAAUGGUUGCAAGUGGUCUAGCUACUCAUUUUGUCUCUUCAGAGAGACUGUCAUCCCUAGAAGAAGCAUUACAUAAUAGCAAUUCAAGUGACCCAGUAAUUAUUUCUGCAAUUAUCAGUGAGUUUUCACAAGUACCAAAACUGAGAGAAAAGAGCACGUAUAAUCAGUUAAAGAUUAUUAAUCGCUGUUUCUCUCAAAGAACAGUUGAAGAAAUCAUUUUUGCCCUUGAAAGUGAAGCUGCAAAUAACGAGGAUGAUUGGAUUUCUUCAGCAAUUCAAUCACUGAAGAAAGCAUCACCUACAAGUCUAAGAAUUUCUCUAAGAUCAAUACGGGAAGGGAGACUGCAAGGUGUAGGCACAUGCCUAAUGCGCGAGUUUAGAAUGGUAUGCCAUGUACUGCGUGGAGAGGUCUCCAAGGACUUUGUCGAGGGAUGCAGAGCUAUACUCUUGGAUAAGGAUAGAAACCCCAAGUGGGAGCCAUCCAACUUGGAACUGGUCACAGAUGAGAUGGUUCAUCACUACUUCGUCAAGGUAGAUGACAUAGACUGGAGAGAUUUAGAGUUGCCAAGCAGAUCAACUGUGUUGCCUUCAUAUGCCCUUGCAAAGCUCUAAUCAGUAUUGACCAUUAUAGCAAAGUACUCCGAGAGAUUAUUUACUUGUCUUGAGAUAUGGUGGAGAAUUAUGAAGUGGUUCCUCCUAUGAACUAAUCCUGAACUGUAAAGAGAUAUGGUGGAGAAUUGACCAUUAAUAACCUCCACUAUGAGCUGGUUUGAUAAGCUGGAAUUCUUUGUGAAUGACCUCACUUGGUAACCUCCAUUGGUGGUACAUAAUUACAAUGUCAUGUACUGCUUUGUAAAAAUGGUUCCUCCUCUGAACUAAUCCUGAACUGUAGUUUGUACGAAUAUGCAGGCCUAUGUGAAUUUGCUAUGGAAAAUGCGUGACCAAAACAUUUACAAAUUCCUAAUAUAUCACUAGCAAACUUAAACAUGCA